ACUUGACAGCUCUCUUCAACAAGCAAUCACCUGAAGUUCCCUUAAACUAUCUCCUACGGUUACCAGCACCGGAGCUGUAACCCUCACCGGCUAGGGAAGGCUAAAUAUCUUUGGAGAUGUAUAUAAUCAGCUCUUCGUGGGGUUAUAUAAAGAAAUAAUUGUGUUUUUGGGAAGGGAAGAUUAACUUGCAAUGAUGAGCGGGUGGAAGGGGAAAGAGACCAAGAGGCGGUCAUGGGCUGUUCUUCAUGUUGAUAUACUUGGGUUAAUCAUGAAUCGUCUCUAUUACUUGGAUCAGAGGAAUUUCCUGUUGGUAUGCAAGAACUGGCGAAAAGUUAACACAGACAAUGUUAAAUCUGUUGAUAUACCGUGGAUUAUGGCCUUUAAUCGGUGCCUCUUUUACCUUUACAACCCUUUAUCCAGACGAAUAUACACCAUUUUAAGUGCAAGAGAAAGAGGAAUUCUUUUAACUGGAAGGCCUCUUGAUACAAAACAUGGUUGGGGGCUUUUCUUUAAUUCAACAGAAGAUCUUCGUAAAAACUAUUGGAGGAUGCUAACUGCUCUGUUCUUGUAUAGUCCUUUUACUGAUGAACUCAUUGACCUACCAGAUUUUUCUCAUAAGCUCGGACAGUUGUCAUCGUUCUCUUGCGUUAAAGGAACAUUCUCCACAGCUCCAGCUUCAUCAGAUUGUAUGAUAUUCUUGGUGAUGUCAUAUACUGAUAAGUAUUGUAUAGGAAUAUGUAGACCUGGAGACAGGAAGUGGACCGAGUUCUGGUUUGAUUGUUCUAAUCUAAUGGUGUCGGAUGUGGAGUAUAUGGAUGGAGUGUUUUAUGCUUCUUUUCCUGCAGAAGCAAUAGGUGCAUUCAACAUUGAGCAGAAGGAGUGGAAAACGUACUCUUAUCCUUUGAUAAAGGAUCAAUGUGGUGAAUACAAUUGUGACUUCUUAACUGAGUCUGAUGGAAAACUCUUACUUUCGGUUUAUCUUUCUCAAGAUUUUUGGCGUUUUCUCAGGCUCGAUCAGUCACAGAUGAACUGGUGUCCAAUUGAGAGGUUUGAUAAUAAAGCACUGUUCUUGGGGGAUGCAUCCAUGAUGGUUCCACUGGAGGAGGAGACCAAAGAAUUGGCAAAUACAGUAAGUUAUUUUGAAGAUGAGUAUAUCUCGCCAUCGCAACUCCCACGGAUGUACCAGUGCAAUUGGGGCAGGACAAUUUUGGAGCAGGUUUGGAUUCGACCUCCAUAAUCAAAAUGAUGGUUUAUCUCUUUUUAACAUCAUUAGCUUAAUACUCUUAACUGUUAUGUUUUAAUCUUGUAUUUGGUGUGUACUUAAGUUUCCCAUGUAAUAUAAGUACUAGUGCUUUUGUGAAUCCUUUGUUUCUAGUUCAGACUUGUUUCAAAACAAAAUUACUUCAUGCUUGUUGGAGUUGUCGACCACUUUAUCAAAUCUUAAGGUAAAUUACUUUCAUUUA